GAAUGAUAAAAUAGUUGUCAGACAUUUGUCGGCGAGCGUGAAGCGAAGAUAGCUUGAAAGAAUUGGAAGGCUAGCCUUACUUCGUUUUUCAAAUGUGCGCUCAGUUCUGUUAACAUAGAGCCCUUGUGGCGAUUCGAUUAUUAAACAAAUAGUUGACUGACGUGGCGUAGAUAGAAUAAAGGUAAGAAGGAAAAUGGAGCGUUGGGCGGGAAAAGUGGCUGUUAUAACAGGAGCAUCGUCUGGAAUUGGUUUAGCGACUGCCCAAGCAUUCGUUCGCAAAGGGUUAGUCGUAGUUGGUCUCGCGCGGAGAGUAACAACGAUGGAGAAUGGCAUGAAAGACAUCGAAGGACCAGGAAAAUUCCACAUGAGGGAAUGUGAUGUAUCGUCCGACGAGAAUAUUGAAAGUGCUUUCGAGUGGAUAAAAAAAACUUUCGGAACUGUUCACAUUUUGAUAAACAAUGCUGGACUUAUAAGAGAAAGCUCCAUAGCUGAUGCCAGUAUAAAAGAUCUGCAAUUUUAUACCAACGUCAACUUCGUGGGUGCCCUCAUUUGCGCCAAACAAGCUAUGCAGCUGAUGAAAGAGAACGGAGAGGAGGGCUACAUCGUCAAUAUGAGCAGUAUUUCAGGUGUAAAAACAAUAACAGUGCCUGGCCAAAACUUUAACGUUUAUUCCCCGACGAAGUUUGCUAUCAGAUCAUUGUCGGAAACUCUUGCUCACGAGUUGAAAGAUACUAAAAUUCGCGUUAGCAGCAUCAAUCCAGGAGUUGUGAAAACUGAAAUUUUCGACAAGGGAAACAUGGACACGUCUUUUCUUGACAUAGUUCCGUCGUUGACGUCAGAAGAUAUCGCUAAUGUAAUAAUGUACAUCGUUGGAUCGCCUUAUCACGUUCGAAUAUCUGAACUGACUAUCAAUCCAACUAAUAAUGUAUUCGAUUAGUUCAACAUGUGUAUAUAUCAGUCACAAAGUCAAAGACGACGCGCAGCUUGUCACACUGAUGCGUAUCGCACGCGAGGCGCUUAUACAAAGCUGAAGGUUUAGCAGUGAGUUCCUGCACAGCGGCACGUGAAUUUUCGAAAAGGGAAAGGAACUACAUCAGCGCGAGAUCCGAGCGUCAUUUGUAACUGCCAGGCCGCGGCUUUCAUCGCACCGGCGUAUAAGCGCUUUUGUUUCCGUCGGCGAAGGGAUGAUGGGUGCGGAUAGGUUGCAAAAAGCCAGGUUCCGCGGUCAAUGAAUGCGCACGAGCCGAUGUAGUAUAUGGAGGUGAAAGUGUUUGAAAAAUUAGGCGUUAUUGAUGGUAGGAAGUUUGUCAAGGGGAAGCUCCAUUGUCGGCUCGGGAGGGUUCUAUACUGUGGAAGAUUUCUAUGUAACAUAUACUCUGCGCCGGUUAGAUGAAGACUGAGUGCUGUACGUCUAAGUCGGUGUGAGAGAAGAAUCAACUUGGACGUUAUAAAUACUCGAGUUGAAUACAAAGCGCUGCAAAGUAAUCGAAUUUCGGAUAAUCUCCCUGUCGCUGUCACGUUUUGAUUCUAUCGUAAUAAUAUUCAAUAACAACAGCGCGUACGCCACUUUCAUCAAAUUUUUCAGGCCUGCAAAGACCACUUCGCCCUCGAAAAGGACGUUCAAGAAAAAGAAAAAAAAAUAUCCGGAGCUCGCGUGCGUGCGUCAGGCAGUAAAUCGACUUGAAUAUGCCGGCAAAUCGUUCGGUAUAAAUAAGCAACGGCUCGACGUUUCAAUUUAGCCGUUUGCUUAUUUGCCAUAAUUGCAUUCGCGCAGUGUGCAUAAGUGCAGUAAAGCGUUCGCUUGCACAAAAGAAAAUCGAGAUGAUAGUAUGUAAGACAGGCGGGAAGAGCAAUAUCGAACGAGGAAAAUACGAAUAGCCUGUAAUCCUCUUGCGGUGAGGUAUAUAAGCAGCGAUUAUAACGAUAGCCCGGAAAAAAUGUUGAUGUCGUGGCUUACAAAAGUGGUCAGUUAAACGUGUGUUUGAGUACAAUAAGCAAUGCGAUGGGAUUAUGCAAAUAUUAUAGAAUUUCGCAGAGAGAUCUCAGCUUUUAUGAAUCGAAAACAUACGGAUUACGCAACAACGUAUGCAACGAUGUCGAAUAAUAAAUUAAGAGAAAGA